AUGCCGGGGAAAACAACAUCCCCCAUCAUGCCGCGGAUCACCAAGUUCACCAACUGUCGCCUCGUGCGCGGGUCGGACUUGGUCGAACAAGAUCUCUGGAUCGACUCGUUGACUGGCAAGAUUCUCAAGGACCAAGAGGCCUUUUACGAGCUACAUCUGUCUCCGGAUGAGAUCAUCGACCUGGGGGGCCGCAUCCUCGCCCCCGGUCUGAUUGACACGCAGUUGAACGGAGCUCAGGGUUUUGACUUUUCGGUUCCCUGUGAAACCAAGGAGCAGUACGACGAGGGUCUGCGCCUGGUCAACCAGGGCCUGGCUCGCACGGGAGUCACUUCAUACUUGCCGACGGUGGUGAGCUCCACGCCCGAGGUGUACUGGAAGGUCCUCCCUUCUCUUGGCCCGACAGCAUCGACGCACCGUGCCGAAGACGGCGCCGAAUCCCUCGGUGCUCACGUCGAAGGUCCCUUCAUCAGCCCCGGCCGCAAUGGCAUCCAUAAACCAGAAGUUCUUCGAGCCGCAGACUCCUACGAUGACCUCCUCCACUGCUACGGCGCCGAGCAUCUCGCCCCACCAUCCAGCACCUCGUCACCCUCAUUCACCUCCCCGAUCAAAAUGAUCACCGCGGCCCCCGAAGUAGGCGCCAUGAUGUCGCAGAUCCCCCGCAUCGUCGACACAGGCAUCAUCUACUCCAUCGGUCACUCGGACGCAACCUAUGAACAAGCCGUCACGGCCACCAACCAAGGCGCUCGGAUGAUCACACAUCUCUUCAACGCCAUGCGACCUUUCUACCACCGCAACCCAGGCGUCUUUGGGCUGCUGGGCCGCAGCGAACGUCGUCGUCCAUUCUACGGCGUCAUCGCCGACGGGAUUCACCUGCACCCCACCUCCAUUAAGAUCGCGUACAAUGCCCACCCAGACGGUCUGGUCCUCGUCACCGAUGCAAUGCGCCUGUGCGGCCUCCCCGACGGAGUGUACGAAUGGACCAAUGGCGAACGUAUCGUCAAGACGGGCGCACGAUUGACGCUGGAAGGCUCCGACAAGAUUGCCGGCUCGUCCGCCACACUCAUCGAAUGUGUGAAUAAUUUCCGGCGGUGGUCGGGCGCGAGUACCGCGGAUGCGAUCAAUGCGGCGACGGCGGUCCCGGCGCGACUUUUGGGACUGGAGAAAGUCAAGGGGUGUCUGGAUGCCGGGGCGGAUGCGGAUCUGGUGGUCUUGGGCGAGACGGAUGAUCCGGACUCGGGGCGGACCUUGACGGUGGACCAGGUGUGGAAGUUUGGAAUUAAGAUUCAUGAUGCUGAGAAGACUGCUGCGGUUUAG